GGUACCCCAUCCUCACUUGAAGCUAGCAAGCUAGUUUUCAAUAACUUAAAAUUCCCAUCUCACUUGCUAUUGUCUCACAUAUCUGCAUUCUGAUAUGUAUAGAGAGAGAGGAUGGAGCCCAAAUACUUUCUUCAUGGACAUCCAUUGCACUUCUUUGAAGAGUGAAGCAAUGUCGACAGUGAGACUAGACAUGGAGAUUGCUCAUCAGGAUGUGGGCAGCCAAUCUCAGCUAAGUUCUAUGCAUGCAUCGACUGUGAGUUUUUCCUUCAUAAAUCAUGUUCUGAGCUACCACUGGAGAUCACUCACCCCUUUCAUGUCAAUGGAUUUGUUUACCACUGUUCUCCUUGUGAAUUUGACCUUGACAUCAAACGUGCCUUGCUCCCACAAUUCCUCAAUGGAGAUUUUCCAAAAGUUGAUCAUCACAUUCAUGUUGAACACCCACUCUUCUUCAUCGAAAAUCUUAGCCACGAAGUUAAACUAGCUUCUUACCACAAUUGCUGUGUUUGCCUAGAACAAUUAUCAGAUGCUUCCUUUUACACUUGUGUUGUUUGUAAGCUUUUCCUUCAUAAAUCAUGUUCUGAGACUGAGCUACCAUUGUACAUCAAUCACCCCUUCCAUGAGAAGCACACUCUUACUCUUACUCUUACUCUUCCUAAAUGGGAUAGGGAAUCAUUUUGUCAAUUUUGUCAUGAUCAACCAUUCUCCUACUCUAGAGGAUUUUUUUACCACUGUUCUUCUUGUCGUUUCAACCUUCACAUCAAAUGUGCCUUUGUCCCACAAGUCGUCAUUGAAAAUUUCCCAAAACGUGAUCAACAUUUUAGUGAUGUUGAUGAACACCCACUCUUCUUCAUCAGAAAGGACCUUAUUAGCAACAGCAAAGAAGUUAAACGGUGUUCUAAUUGCUUUGUUUGCAAAGAAUCAUUAUCAGGUAGUUCUUUUUACUACUGUCCCGACUGUGAAUUUUUCGUUAAUAAAUCAUGUGCUUUUAA